ACUCUUCAUAUCCGGACCGACAGGAGCUGAGUCAGACUGUGGUGAAGGAGAAGAUACUGAUGAAGGACAGGAAGAUGUCCUCGUCCCUGAGACUGAUCUGUCGUCCACGGAGCAUGGUUUGGAAAACAGGUCAGAUUCUACUACGGAUAUCACAACAUGCACAGAUGACGGCUCCUAUUACGUCACAUGGACGGUUUACAUGGCCAUGGCUGUCCCAAGAGGCGAAGAAGUUGGUGGCUUCAACAUCUUCAAAGCUCCGAAAAAGGCGGAGAAAACAAAAAAAGGUUCAUCUGCUGUUUUGGUGAAAGCCCACAAAGCUCAGAGCUGCUAUCAUGUUGAAUACAAGUUGUUACCAGACGAUACGGAGACAGUCAAAGUGGACCUAGUUGUGUUUGGGCCGGUAGCAAAGAUGUACAAAGAAGGCGAGUUCAAGAUUGUGAGGACAUGGCAUGAAGGAGAUCAGACGUGGGUCGGCUGGACCCAGAGUUUUGACGUCAGAGUCGACAGGGAGUUGCUGAUCAGUCUACUUCCUCAUAAGAUGGAGCUCCAAUUCUGGAACAGUAAGGACAAACUGUCCAGACAGGCCCGUAACGAAAGACUGAAAGUCUUGAGACUGACGCAGGAUCAGCCUGAAGAUGCAACAGACACGUGUGGUUGCAUCGAGACCAUGGUAAACAAACUGAGAUCCUCAUGUGAGAGGAAGUCAAACACAUCGAAAAAGCACAGAAGUGACUUUAAUUCCGGUUCAGAGGUGGGCUCAGAAACAGAAUUUCAAAAACCCACAAUUGAUGCUUUCAACCUCGAGGAAAUCAAAAAGAAUGGCACUGCCUCAGCUGAAAUCAGUCUCAUGCGUUUGUUGGCGGGUGAGACGUCGCUGACUGAACGCUUCCCAGUCUGUUCAUCUGGAGUAUUUGAGGUCAUGUGCAACAUCUCUCUGGACGGACCGUUAAUGUCUGACCAGCUAAAGGCUGAACUCAACCCACUGGUCAUCACAGUUUUAUCAGCCACCUCGAUGCCUUCGACUCCGGUCCCUUUCCACAUCUUACAGGAAAAAUGUGAGCCUGUAUAUUGCCAGUACAAGUUCCAUAACUUGAACAUGCACAGAACAAACUACCACGAGCACGGCACCGACAUCUACUUCAGAGAUAUCAACGUGAUCCUGACCGGCUUGAUGAGUCCUGAAGAGCUCAAAGAGUUCCUCUCCGGUCCUCCUCUUGAGAUAGAGGUUCACGAUCGAGACAGAAAGCUGGAAAAAACUUCAAAAACUCCAUCAGUGUUUGGCUCAAACAUUGACAUCCUGCGUGGUGCGGCAGCGGCACCGUUGAACUCUCACGGUGUUGCGAGCCUGAGCUUCUCUGAGCUGCUGCUUGGGAAGAAAAGCCUGAAGGUGCACUUACAAAUCAAAUGCUGCCCUCGACCUGCGCUGCUGGACCGGAAGAUGACGGACACGGCAGCGAGCAGAGAGCCGAUGCCACAAGGCCGUUAUUACGAUGCCAAUUCUCAACUCAAAGUCCAGGUUGAGAUAGCUUGUCCACUCAGCAUUAAGAAGGACAGUAGUGAGUCCUGCGACGGUCCGUUUGGGCGCAUCGUCUACCUCUUUGACUACAACAACGUCUCUUUGAUGACCAAGCUGAGGUCAGAGAUCCUCAAAAUCAACGCCUCAGCUUUCCAUCUGGGCUCACUGGAACACGCAGAGAAAGCCCUAUCAAAUUACAGAACGAAUUUUAAGCACGACGAGAGCAAGGAUCUGGACUUUGUUACGGGAUUCCACGUGCUAGAUAAGAGGACAAACAUCUUUGUUCUGGAGGGGCUGAAACAUAAAGCAGUGAGGCGACUUUGGGAGGCUGUUCCUAUGAAGAUAAGUGGCAGUGAGGCGGAGCAGGUGACCGUCCUCUACAAUUCAAACCUGGCUUUCUUCAAGCGCAUCUAUGACUCGUUAGACGCGGGCCUGAGUCCUGUCCACUUAUACGAGUCACUGGAGACCAUCAUGAGUCAGCCGCUGGUCUACAUUAGAGGCAUGGUCCCCCAGCCCUGCUUCCAAGCUCUGUUAAGGUUAAGCCAGCUGUGUCAAGUAAGACAACUCAGAGACGCGGUGCAGUGCAACCUCUUCCCCUCAGCAGACAUGAUUCUCAGCAUGAGCGAGUUAUACGGCACAGACGCCGAGCAGUGGGAGCAAGAAGCCGGAGUAAACGCCGAGGUGGACACGACCACUCUGGCUGUCUGCAUGAAAAGAAAAGUACCGCUCGAAUCACAGAAUACAGAGUACAUGAAAUGGAAACAUAACAGCCAGCAGCUGCUGCUCAAACAGUCCAAGGACUUCAUUCAGGAGAAUAUUAAAAAGGCGCACGAGGAAAGUGAGCGGUUGCAGAAGCCGGAGGCUGCUGUAUUGAGGAUUGAACUGUCUGCAGCCGGGCCAGCUCACAACUACAGCAUCCAGACCUUCAACUCGACUGAGCUCGCCAAGCAGCUGCUCCGCAAAGAGAUGGCUCAGGUGCCGGGGCGGAGGUUCACCUACAGUCAGCAGUACCACAGUGCUACCGUGGAGCACGAAGACGGGACUUGGAAAAACGACUCCGCUGCUGCCUAUGCAGAUUGGUUCAGGACUACGAGCAGAGGAAAGUCCAGAGUUCACCCUCGACACCCAGAUGAGGCUCGUGUGGAAGAGCUGAGGAAGCCGUGGAGAGAGAACAUCCUACACGCCAACAUAUUGCAGCCCACACUAUCAAGAGACCCAUGGACCUGGAGCCAGCGCUAUGAGGACUUCCAGCUCCACAGCAAACCUCCCCCUUUCUUCAGCACACCUCCUGCCACCAUUCACCUGGCUGGAGCCCGUCUGCAGGAGGAGCAGCUGGAGGCAGCCAGAGCUCAGUACCGCCGCUGGCUGAAGAAGCUGCUUCCUGGCAGCAGCAGCACCGAUCCACCAGGCAACGCCCCCUUCCCAGAGUUCAAGAGUCACAUGAGAAGAAACUCGGAGAGAGUUCAGGAUAUACUGAAAGAUGAGCCGAAGAAGUAUUCACUGAGGAAACCAGGCUCAAUGCUGAAGCCUUUUCCUCAACUGUCUGUGAUGAACUUGGGCGACAACGAAGCCGAGGAAAAGACAAGCGUGGCUCUGGCCCCGGGCCUCUGUGAGGACCGCUGCCUCAGCAGCAAAAACAACGCCAUCUCCAGACGCGCCUCUCAGUUCAACAAGUACCACUACACUGAAUUCAAUAAGCAGCAUUCGUUCCUGUACAAGCGGACGGCGCUGCCUCUGACCGACGAGGAGAAGAGCGUCUUCACUUUUCAUGAACCCGACAUGAAGACAUCCGCUGUCCAGCCUUUCAGGAAUAUUAGUAGAAGCCAGAACCCACAAAAACUGUACACUGAAGACCAAUAAGCAUUAAACUAAGAUCUUGUGCAAUUAUUAAUUAUAGCACUAAGAGCACUUUGAA